AUGGGCCUCGAACUCGCUCCCGUGAAAGUACAAUCAGGAUUCCUACUCCCAUCAAUCCAUUCCUGGCCUGCAUUCUUCACAUAUCAACCCAACCCACGCACAUUCUCCACCCAACGCGAGCACUGGACGACGCUUAUCCUCACUUAUGCACGUUUUGCCCGGAUAUGGGAACUCAAAGUCGGCGAUGUGGACGAUGCUGCUUCUGGAGGCGUGUGGGGUGAGGUGUUACAUAACCCGCGGUUGAAGCCUCCGAGAACGAUUGGUCGUAAGAUGCUCCAGAUACUUCUGGAACAGCUUAUAGAAGAGGAACGCGCGCUCCCCGACCCUCCAAAACAGAGCUCGAGUGUCAUCCUCUGUUGGCGGACAAUUCCCGAGUGGGCAGGAAUAUUACAUGACUGGGCAGUCACCACAGGACAAACGAACACCAUCCUAACCCUGUUCGAGAUCUCCAACCCCCAAGUACCUUCCGACCUCUCGGGCAUGCCAGAGCCCCUCCUGAGACGAGCGAUCGCCCUGUUGCAGAAGACGGGCAAGGCCCAGGUUAUCGAGGGUGCUGAUGGGGGUGGAGUGAGGUUUUUCCCUUAGCGGGUGAGGGCCCGGGUGUACGUUUUUGUGC